CUCCUGGGCGGCGCCGCGGUCUUCUCCGCGCUGGAGCUGGCGCACGAGCGCCAGGCCAAACAGCGCUGGGAGGAGCGCCUGGCCAACUUCAGCCGCAGCCACAACCUGAGCCGCGAGGAGCUGCGCGGUUUCCUCCGCCACUAUGAGGAAGCCACCAGGGCCGGCAUCCGCAUGGACAACGUCCGCCCGCGCUGGGACUUCACCGGCGCCUUCUACUUCGUGGGCACCGUCGUGUCCACCAUAGGGUUUGGGAUGACAACUCCAGCGACAGUAGGAGGAAAAAUCUUCCUGAUCUUUUAUGGCCUCGUUGGGUGCGCGAGCACCAUCUUGUUCUUUAACCUCUUCCUGGAGCGCCUGAUCACCGUCAUCGCCUACAUCAUGAGAUCGUGCCACCAGCGCCAGCUGCGGAGACGUGGGGCGCUGGCCCAGGACAGCCUGAAGGCCCCAGGGAAGGGGGAGCCGGACAGCCUAGCCGGCUGGAAGCCCUCAGUGUACUACGUCAUGCUGAUCCUGUGCUCGGCCUCGGUGCUCAUCUCCUGUGGGGCGUCAGCCCUGUACGCCCCCAUGGAAGGCUGGAGCUACUUCGACUCCCUCUACUUCUGCUUUGUGGCUUUCAGCACCAUCGGCUUUGGGGACCUGGUCAGCAGCCAGAAUGCCCAGUAUGACAGCCAGGGCCUCUACCGCUUGGCCAACUUUGUCUUCAUCCUCAUGGGCGUCUGCUGCCUGUACUCCUUGUUCAAUGUCAUCUCCAUCCUGAUCAAACAGUCAGUGAACUGGAUCCUGAGGAAAAUGGGUGGUGGGUGCUUCCGUCAAUGCCAAAGAAGACUCUUGCAGUCCCGGAGGAACGCCGUGAUGCCGGGCAACGUCCGGAACCGCUGCAACAUCUCCAUAGAAACGGAUGGGGUGAUGGAGAGUGACACGGAGGGGCGCCGCCUCUCAGGGGAGAUGAUCUCCAUGAAGGACUCCAACAAGGUGGCACUGGCCAUCCUCCAGAAGCAGCUGUCCGAGAUGGCUAAUGGCGGCCCCCACCAGACUAGCACACUGUCCCGAGACGAUGAAUUCUCAGGGGGUGUCGGGGCCUUUGCAAUAAUGAACAACAGGCUGGCAGAGACUAGUGGGGACAGGUAGAAGCAAGCAGUGGCUGCUGGGCACAGAGGCCUAGGGAUGGGUGGAGGAUGAGGGACUGGCAUUCACUCCGCCCUAAGCUUGCUAGGUUUACCCAGGGAGCUGAUCCUAUUGGCUCCUCAUGCCCAGAUUUCAAAAUCUGGACCUCAAACAAUAGCCACUUCCCAGGUCUGGGCAAAUGAGAAGCCUCCCUGCCUAUAUCCUUAUCUUUACUCUUUAAAUCUAAAUUGAGACUUUUCAAAAUGAAUCACAAACACAGCAUAAGAUACGGCCUUAUUGAUCACUCACCUUCCUCCAAAGAUGGAAGAUGAGUUUUACUGAAGCCUUGAUUUCCCCCAGGUAUAUUCUUCAUUUGUGGUUGAAAACACUAAUUCUUCUCGGGCUCUGAAGGGCUGAAUUCACCAUCUCACCUUGCCCCUUCAAGAAAAAGAAAAGAAUGUUCCAGAAUGUGCCUGGGCCUUCUUUUGGCUGAACUUUCUUCUGAGCAGAUUUGUCAGUGUUUCCAUGGAUAGGGAAAAUAUUCUACUCUUAAUACACAACUCUCAGAUUUUUGUUUGCCUUUCAUGUUAAUUUUGAAGACCAGAAUGUUCAGCUAAGGUAUUCCUGGGACAUCAGUGUGAUAAGAAAACUGAAUUCAGCUUCAGGCCUUUGAGUUGCAACAAGAUGGUAGGGCUGGGUAGGAGGAGAGACUCACUUUUGUAACUAAAGAACAUAGUGUAACAUUUUCUCCUUGGAUGGUCACAUAGACCAUUUCAUUUUUACCAAGGUUUGGGGCCCAUUGCCAAAAAAUGACUAUUAGAACUAAAAAUUUAAUAAAUUCUCACUUUAUUAACUGCGAUUUGAUGGGUACUCAUUAUGGACAGUGGAGGAGAAGCACCUAAUUAAGCAGGUAUUUAUUGUAUUCAGGGAAAAAAGAAAAAGAGUCGUUGGCCUUAGGGAUACGAGCAUCAUGAUGGAGUCUUGGCUGGAGAAGCACUGUCACGUAAUGAAAUUUGGCUUUUCUAAUCCAUUGUGCUGCUGCUUUCUGGGACUACAGUGAGUCCAGUGAUAGCAUCCUCCCAGGCAGCUAAAGUGUCCAUACCAGGAACAGAGGCUGUUGACCUUCAUAAAUGCAAGAGAGAACGUUUGAGCAGUGACAGCAGAUAUCUGUUAUUUUUAUAGCAUGAGAGGGGUACGCAGCAUUUCAAGAAGCAACAAGAAGAGAAGGACCCAUAAAAAAGACAAAACUGAACACUAAAUCCUGUGAAAGGGCAAGGAGCAGAGAGCUUGUGAGCUGGAAGGACCCUUAGGAAGCACCUCCCCCAAGCUCCUUGUUUGUGACACGGAAUGGGCACAAGAGAUUGCUCCUCAUCUGUGAGGAAGCCAGGCCACCAGAGGGUGAGGUCAGGGCUCUUGGUCCCCAUGCCACACAGCCUUGUGCCCUUCCUCUCCAGGCCCUCUGCAGGCUGAGUUGCUUUUUCUUCCAGUUUCCAAAUCCAGGUGUUUUCUUUACAAUACCAGAAGUGCCCCAUAGCUGAAGUCUUAUAACCCACCAUAUCUGGACUUUGAAUUUAGAGCUGCAUAGCUCCAAAGUCAGAGAUUUUAAAUGAUUGCCUGCAUCCCUCUUAAAGGAAGGCACCCUGGAGCUGCUGCAGAGCACUUAUUCUCUAACCGCAAACCAAGCUACUUCUAGGCUCUGUGCUGAGACCAGUUUGUCCUCCAUUGAGGGGCUUUCUUGAUCUCUGUAUUCCUAUUACAGGAACUGGCACAAAGCAGGUCCUUGCAUCUCCAGUGUGGGUCUCCAGAGACCAUGGCAGUGUUGCUAGGAGACCAUUAGUAUAAACAGGAGUCAGUUUUAUGGAAGAUUCUUGCAGAGAAAUGUUAUAUCCAAGGACAUGGCUUCCUCUAGGUGGGGUCCAAAAUUGGCAUAAAUUUUUAAGCCAAAGUUUUGGAAAAUUAAGCUUGAGCUUCCAGAGAAACCUCUCAAAGUCUCAGAGAAUGAGUUUGUUCUCUGGUUGGGGUCUCCCUGCUGGGAAAAUCUGAGAAUCAGUGUAAGGAGAAAGGUGUGGGUUUCAUUUUUGUUUUUAUGAUGAAUAGAUGAAGGGAGGGAUGGAAGGAAGAAAAGAUGGAUGGA